AAGAAAAGACCCUAAACAACACAAUAAACAAAAUGUGGGCACUUUGUGUGAUAACCCUAACUUUGGGGAUUUUGUAUAUCCUUAAUAAGAUACGUGUCCACUACAGGUAUUGGCAAAAUCUUGGCAUACCUUGUGAGGAUCCCGACUGGAUAUUCGGCAGCUUUGGAGGUGUUACCACGAAGCGCACCUUCUUUGAUAUGUGGCAAGACUACUAUAGAAAAUUCAAAGGCUCUGGUCCAUUUGCUGGCUUAUAUUGGUUCUACAAACCAGCGGUGUUUGUUAUGGAUACGGCACUAAUCAAACAGGUGCUGAUUAAAGAUUUUGACAAAUUCUCCGAUCGAGGCUUGUUCAUCAAUGAGGUCGAUGAUCCUUUAUCGGCGCAUUUGUUUUCAAUGCAAGGCCAGAAAUGGAAGAAUCUUCGCAAUAAACUUUCCGCCACCUUUACUUCGGGCAAAAUGAAAUUCAUGUUCUCCACUGUGGUGAAUGUGGCCCACGAGCUGUUGGCCGUCCUGGGCGAUGACAUUGAGAAGUCGCCGAAAAUCGAGAUGCGCAGUCUUUUGGGCCGCUACACUGCCGAUGUCAUUGGAAGCUGUGCCUUUGGCAUUGAGUGCAAUUGUCUGCGUGAUCCCAAGCAGAAAUUCUACAUUAUGAGCAAAAGGGCUUUGCUGGAGAACACCUUGGGCUCGUUGGGAGUCGCCUUCCGUUUCAGUUUUCCCGAGUUAGCUCGCCGCCUGCAUAUGCGAGACACCGUCAAGGAUAUCGAGCAAUUCUUUAUGGGCAUAGUGCGUGAGACCAUGCGAUAUCGCGAGGAGAACAAUGUUAAGCGUAAUGAUUUCAUGAAUUUAUUGUUGGAAAUGAAAAAUAAUAAAAUUGUCAAAAACGAAACGGGUGACGAUUUCACCAAUUUGACCUUUAAUGAAAUUGCGGCGCAGGCCUUUAUAUUUUUGGUUGCCGGCUCGGAGACCUCAUCGAAUACCAUGGUAUUUGCUUUGUAUGAAAUGGCCCUAAAUCAAAGCAUUCAAGAUAAGGCUCGCGAAGAGGUGCUGCGUGUCUUGGGCCAAUACAAUCAGGAGACCACCUAUGAGAGUAUCAAAGAAAUGAAGUACUUGAAGCAGGUUAUCGAUGAAACCAUGCGCCUGCAUACACCCCUACCCGUGCUUAAUCGUGUAGCCUUGGAAGACUACAGUGUUCCCGGACAUCCACGUUAUAACAUUAAGAAAAAUAUGCCAGUUAUUAUUCCCUGCCUGUGUCUACAUCGUGAUGAAGAGUUUUAUCCAAAUCCAGAUGUUUUUAAUCCUGAAAAUUUCGCCGCUGAGAAAGUUGCCUUAAGAGAUUCCACAUUGCAUAUGCCAUUUGGUGAUGGACCUCGCAAUUGUAUUGGUUUACGUUUUGCCAAAAUGCAGAUUAUGGUUGGCUUAAGUCUUCUCUUGUCGCGUUACAAAUUUUCACCAUGUGCGGAAACUAUGGUGCCAAUGGUCUACGAUAAAGAGAACUUUAUGUUGACACCAGAGAAGGAGUUGUACUUGAAAGUUACGAAAAUUUAG